CCUGACGCGUGCGUACUCAACGCCCGCCCAUAGAAAGCGGAAGGGGAAGAUGGCGGCGCCGAGUGUCCCCACGCCGUUGUACGGACACGUGGGUCGCGGAGCCUUCAGCGACGUGUACGAGCCAGCGGAGGACACGUUCCUGUUACUGGACGCGCUCGAGGCGGCAGCGGCCGAGCUAGCAGGAGUGGAAAUAUGCCUUGAAGUAGGAGCGGGAUCUGGCGUGGUGUCUGCAUUCCUGGCCUCCAUGAUAGGUCCUCAGGCCUUGUACAUGUGCACUGAUAUCAACCCUGAGGCAGCCGCAUGUACCUUGGAAACAGCACGCUGUAACAGAGUCCACAUUCAGCCAGUAAUUACAGAUCUGGCCCACGGCUUGCUGCCCAGAUUGAAGGGGAAAGUUGACCUGCUGGUGUUUAACCCCCCCUAUGUAGUGACCACGUCUGAAGAGGUAGGAAGUCAUGGAAUAGCAGCAGCUUGGGCUGGUGGCAGAAAUGGCCGGGAAGUCAUGGACAGGUUCUUCCCACUUGCUUCAGAACUUCUCUCCCCAAGAGGGCUGUUCUACUUAGUUACCAUAAAAGAAAACAAUCCAGAGGAAAUCUUUAAGACAAUGAAGACAAGAGGUCUGCAAGGGACCACAGCACUUUGCAGGCAAGCAGGCCAAGAAGCCCUGUCAGUCCUCAGGUUCAGCAGGUCCUAGUGUCCUGAAAGCCACAGAAGUGAACAAGAGCUGCUGGCAGCUGAACACACAGGAGGUUUGAGACUGAUGCCAUUCCCUGGCCAAGAAAUUUUAUAGAAAUUUGUCAUUUAAAAAACAAAAACAAAACACGGAGCCAGGUGCUGGUAGCACAUGCCUUUACUUCCAGCACUCAGGAGACAGGCAGGAGGAUCUUUGAGUUCAAGGCCAGUGGAUCUGCAGAGUGAGUUCCAGGACAGCCAGGGCUAUACAGAGAAACCCUGUCCUGAAAACCAAAACCAAACAAACCAACCAAAACAAAAAGAAAAAGGAAAGAAAAAAGUGAGGGCUGGAUAGAUGAUGGCUGAGUUGGAGACACUGACUGCUAGUUCAAAAAACUGGGGCUCACUUCUCAGCACCCACAUGGUAGUUCACAAGGGAUCCUGCCCUGUUCUGACCUCCAAGGGUACGGGCACGUACAUGGUAUACAUGCAUAAUGCAGGAAAAAAUACCCAUACACAAAAACAAAAUAAACCUAUCAAAAAGAAAAGAAAAAGAUGGAAAACUGGGUCAUUUUGUUUUCAGAGGAUCAAGUAUGAGUUUUUCUGUAAAUGUGCAAGUAAAUAUGUAUUAUAACUUAUACUUUAUAUAUUUAUAUAUGAAGGCAUGGUUGAUUUAGCCUUAUCUAUAACAGCAAAGCAAUAUAAUUAUCCUAAAUGUCUACCAGAAAGGACACUGGUUGAAACCUCAGUCUAGGGCUGGAGAGAUGGCUCAGUGGUUAAGAGCACUGACUGCUCUUCUAAAGGUCCUGAGUUCAAUUCCCAGCAACCAAAUGGAGGCUCACAGAAGAGGUCUGAUGCCCUCUUCUGGUGUGUCUGAAGACAGCUACAGUGUUCUCAUUCUAAAAUAAUCUUUAAAAAAAUCUGUCUAUCCAUUCCACUGAACAUACAAACAAGUCACUGUAGAUCCUGAACCCAAGGCUUUUUGGUAACUAGUUACAACUGAGUGCUGAGAAGCUGUAGCUAAAUUUCAUUCCAUACAUGCUAUUUUGAAAAGCCACCCAAAGCAGUGUAUUACUGUGUGUAUGUAACAAAGUUUGGGGAGAUAAACUACAGAAUAAAAGAACUUCAGUCUUUUGUGAUA